CUUAAACGCAUAGAACUCAACCACCACUAAGAGGCUCAGCUCGCACUCUCUCUCCUUCGUUUUCCGAUAAUGGCGCUUCGCAUCUCCGUCUCUCCUUCGGGGUCCCUACGCAGCUCCACCUCUCAUCCGUCGCCGGCGGUGGCAGCGUGGUGCCCUCAGCAACGGCUGUUACCUGCGGAUUCGGGCCGGAGAACGGCAGGGAUGAUGUCGAGGGAUGGGAGGAGAGGGCUUAGGGUUUCACCCGUGCGUUCAAGCCUGGAGAUGGUAGAGCCGACCGUCGGGCAGGUGACGGAAGUGAAUAAGGACACAUUCUGGCCCAUCGUGAAGGCCGCCGAACCCAAAAUCGUCGUACUUGAUAUGUAUACCCAAUGGUGUGGCCCUUGCAAAAUCAUCGCUCCCAAAUUCAAAGAAUUAUCAGAGAAGUACCUUGAUGUCGUCUUCCUCAAGCUCGACUGCAAUCAAGACAACAAAGCUUUGGCUAAAGAGCUAGGAAUAAAGGUUGUUCCCACCUUCAAAGUUCUGAAAGGCAGCAAGGUUGUGAAGGAAGUAACUGGAGCUAAACUUGAUGAUAUAAUCCUCGCAAUUGAAACAACAAAAUCUAGCUAAUGACUUCAGGAUGCUCUAAGCCAGUAGAGACUUUUCUCUUUAAGAACUCUCAGGGAGUUCUCUCUCUCUCUCUCUCUCUCUCUCUCAACUGGUACGAUAGAACUGCAGCCAUCCAAAUGUCUAAGAACAUAAAAUGAACUUUAUUUUCUGCUUGCCUUUCAUUGUUCUUUGGAAAUAUAGGCUUUGUUUGGGACGGCUUUCUUAUUGCUUCUUAAAACAGCUUUUUAGCUCAAAAAUUUUAAUUUUUGAACUAAAAAGUUGUUUUAAAAAACAAUAAAAAAACUGUCUCGAGCGAAGUUAUAAUGUAAUCUCUGUAUUUAACUCUCUUUGUUUUCAAGGACAAGGAUGUGCGGUUCUUUGCCCGGCAAUGAAAAAUACUUCUGCAGUU